AUGUUGCCACCAUUGUAUCGCAUUUUUAUCGGAGGAGCAAGGAGAAUCGUUAACACUCAUCGUCACCUUCACAUUACACAAGGUUCUUUUUUGCCACUCAUUCAAUUUAAAUUAUCAGAUAUUGGUGAAGGAAUCGCAGAAGUCCAGGUGAAAGAAUGGUAUGUUAAGAUCGGUGAUAAAAUUUCACAAUUUGAUAAUAUCUGUGAAGUGCAAAGCGAUAAAGCAUCUGUGAUGAUCACAAGCCGAUAUGAUGAAGAAACAAAAGAAGCAAAUCAAGAAGUCAAAAAAGGAAAGAUCUCGAAUCAUUCGCUUCAUUUCAACCCAGAAAAGCCUCUGGCAACGCCGGCAGUGAGGAGAGUAGCCAUAGAACAUGAUAUAGAUUUAAAAGAAGUGAAAGGGACAGGAAAAGAUGGACGUAUUUUAAAAGAUGAUAUUAUUAGCUUUCUUGAGAGAACAUCUGUUGAAGAAAUCCAAUCAGCUGAAAUGUCAAAGGCUGUUGCUGAACCAAAAAUUUCGACCGCUUUGAAGUUGGCACCAUUAACAAAUGAUAAAGUGAUACCUAUUCGUGGUUACAGUCGUGCCAUGAUCAAAACAAUGACUGAAGCAUUGAAAAUCCCUCAUUUCGGUUAUUUUGAUGAGAUAAAUAUGGAUCGUUUAAUAGAAUUUCGUAAUAAGAUAAAAGAAACAGGUACAAAACGAGGAUUAAAAAUAAGUUAUAUGCCGAUGUUCAUAAAAGCUACUUCAUUAGCCCUUUCUGAGUUCCCAAUAUUGAAUUCUGUUCUCGAUGAUAAACACGAAAAUAUUAUUUACAAGGCAUCGCACAAUAUUUGUAUAGCGAUCGACACAACUGAUGGACUAGUGGUACCAAAUAUAAAAAAUUGCGAACAACGCAAUUUAUGGGAAAUUGCCAGCGAAUUAAAUCGUUUACAGGAGAACGGAAAACGAAAACAAAUAGCCAAAGAAGAUUUGAUUAAUGGAACAUUUACAUUAUCAAAUGUUGGGACGUUGGGUGGAACAUAUGCAAGCCCUGUAAUUUUUCCUCCACAAGUUGCUGUUGGUGCUAUUGGAAGAGUCAGCAAAAUUCCUCGUUUUGACGAAAAUGGAACAGUAUGUGCUGUGCAUAUUGCCAAAAUUUCAUGGUCUGCAGAUCAUCGGAUAAUAGAUGGUGCUACAAUGGCUCGCUUCAGCAACUUGGUGAAGAACUAUCUCGAAAAUCCAUAUUUAAUGGUUGCUGAAUUAAGAUAA